AUGAAAGCCCUCCGCGCAACCAGACAAGGCUCCUCGCCGCCUACCCUCAGCAUCGAAGAAGUCCCCAUCCCCAAACCAGGCCCCAAUGAACUUCUGAUCAAGAUCCGUGCCUCUGCCGUCCAACCAGCCGACAUUCUCAACUCCAAAGGCGGCUUCCCACACACUACCUUCCCCCGAACUCUCGGCAAAGACUUCGCCGGCGUCGUGGUCGAAGGCCCCCCUUCCUGGAAAGACCAACCCGUCUUCGGCACAUCUGGCCACUCCUUCAGCUUCACCAUCGACGGCGCGAAUGCCGAGUACGCCGUACUUCCCGCGGAUGCCGUAGCGGAGAAAUCAAAGAACCUAUCCUUCGCUCAAGCAGCAAGUCUAGGAACGCCCCUAACAACAGCAUCUCUCACCCUCGAACGCGCGAACGUCACUCAAUCCGACACCAUCAUGGUCCUCGGAGCCACAGGCGCGGUGGGCUCUUUCGUGAUGCAGAUCGCUCAGGCGAAAGGCUGCAAGACGAUCAGCGUAGGCCGGCACGGCACGGACGUCAACUCCACCGUCGACCCAACCCUCCAAACCGCCAGAACCCUCACCAACGGUAAGGGUCCUGAUGUCGUCGUCGACACGGUCGGAGACUUUGCCCUCACGAAAGCCGCUUUCGAAACCCUCGCUUUCAACGGCCGGAUGGCCUUCAUCACGGCGCCGAGGGGUGGGGCGAGUACAGAGUUGGGCGUGGAUAUUCUGUCGUUGUAUCGACGGCAGGUGAAUUUGGUGGGGUGUAAUAGUGCGGGUUUGGAGCAGGGGGUUCUGGGCAGCAUGCUGAGGGAGCUGGGUCCGCUGUUGGAAGAGGGGAAGUUGAGGGCGCCGGAGGAGGGGAGUUUGGGGUUGGUGGGGUUGGACCGGGCGGUGGAGGCUUAUGAGGGAAGGGUGAAGAAGGGGGUGAUUGUUUUUGGCGGAUAG